GGAUGUUAUUAAAAUGGAUGAUUAUUUGGCUAAGGGACGAAGACCACAAUUUUGGGAAGAACCUUUUACUCGACGGGUAUUAGAUGCGAUUAAAAAUAAAAGACUUGAAAUGAAAAAAGCUGCACGUAUUUUGGGUGUUUCUUAUGGAACUUUAUAUGGCCGUUACAGAGAAGUCUACGGUUGUCUUAAGCAUCCAUAUAGCAAUUCAACUUUUCGUGCUGCAACAUCCACACCCAUAGGACUACAGCCUCGAUUUGAUGUUACUUGGCCAACUUCAAAGCGUGACUCUGGUGUUUUGCUGCCGGGGCAGUUAGAAAUUGGUAAAAUACGUCCGAAAGAUCUCAGUGAGUUAUGGGCACGCCCGCAAAUCUAAAUCUAGACGAUAUUAUAAAAAGGAGUAUUAUAUAUAGUUCUUUAGUUUACUUUGCUGUAUUAUUAACGCAUGAAUGCAUUCACAUAAACUGAUGGAAAAUUUAAAAGACAUUCUUGUAAAGACAA